AACUCAGCGUCACGUCAGGAAUGGCUGUCGAAGGGGCCUUCUGCCCUCUCAGCAAAGGAGGCCGUAGGGUUCCGUGCCCCAACCCCGAGCCGCGCUGUCCGUGCCCCGGAGGCGCGUUUAUUUUUCUCUUCCUGUUUUCAUCGUGCGCGUCAUAGAGUCUGACAGCCUCUCGCCUGAGAGUGCAGGCUGGCGCGCCUCGCUUCUGCUCUGAAGAAAGCAGUUCUCAUUCCUUAUGGAGAAACGUUACUGAUUUCUCUCAGCAUCCACUGAGUGAUUCAGCCUCUUCCAGAAAUCUGCUGAGAAAUCACCCUUCAUCACUAAACUCGCCGUUCUGCUUUCUGAACCUGUAACCUCAAAUUGCAAACCAAACGACUUGAAUGAGAAAUCGGAGUUAAUUCUCUGUGACCGUUCUCCUCCUGGCACCGUUCUGCCCUGUCUCAGCAGUGCUCUGGCAGAACGGGGGCUGUCUCUGUAGCACUGCGCGAGGCUCAGGCACGGCCCUGAAUAUUUCUCUGCAGAAUCUUUUGGUACUCAGAUAUUGCAUCGAGAUGGACCGAGAGUGCAUGGGCAAGAUCAACAGGUACUGCCAGAAGAAUAAAUACAAGCUCGAUUACGUCGACGUGGACAUGAGAGGCCCAUCUCACGACCCUGAGUUUGAAGUUGUGGUUAAAAUAAAUGGUGUGAAGUAUGGUACAGGCGUUGGUAAGAGUAAGAAGGAAGCAAAAGCUGCAGCAGCAGCAAAAACGUGGGACAUGAUUGAGCCAAAGCAAGAUAAUCUUUUGAAUGUGCAUACUUCGGAUGUAGUGAUAUCUCCUCUACCUGCGGAUGUGCUCCCUCCAGUUGACUACAUCAGCCUGCUAAAUAAGUACUCACAAAAGACAUUGCAGCUAGUUGAUUACAAUAACAUAAACCGUACCGGAGACCCCCACGCUCCAAUGUAUUCUUGUAGCUGUGUAAUUAGUGGUCAUGUAUAUGGAAAUGGGAAGGGAAACUCUCUAGCUGUUGCAAAACAAGCCGCUGCAAAAGAAGCAUAUGAAGUGCUACAGAAGCAGGAAUCUUUCAGACUCAAAAGUGAAAACUCCAGUAAUACAGUUCAUGAACUCAUUAAUUCCUCUGGAGGGCAGAGUCAGUCUGAGUCAUGGGGUAUUACCUUUAAAGACUCAGCUACAGGCUUGACAGAAGAAGUGAAAGACAUGUCCCUAUCUGAAGAGCCUUCAAAUUGUCGGAGAUAUGUGCCAAGUUCUGCCGUAAAAGCCAGAAGAGUAUUGGCACCUAAUUUUGAUAAUGCAAGAAAUGAGCAGAAAAAAGCCAUGUCAAAUAUCUGCAGAAGUAAGAGUGAGGCAAAUGAUGAGUAUACUGUGGAUGAAAGGUUUCGUCAGCAGUAUAAAAAUAUAGAGCCUAUUGGUAAAGGUGGCUUUGGGAAUGUCUUUAAAGCAACAUCAAGGACUGAUGAGAGAACCUAUGCAAUCAAACGAGUUGAGUUAAUAAAUAGGAACGUAAAGCGUGAAGUAAAAGAGCUCGCAAAUCUUGAACAUGAAAACAUAGUGCGAUAUUAUUGCAGCUGGGAAGGGACUGACCAUAUGAUUUACCCAGACUCAAGUAAGAAUUCUAUCGUAGCUGUUUCUUGCCUCUUCAUCCAAAUGGAAUUAUGUGAACAAGGGCCAUUGGAAAAAUGGAUUGAAAAUAAUGGAGGAAACCCAAACUAUCAUAUGAUGGCACAAGACAAAUUUUUACAAAUACUGAAAGGAGUGGAGUAUAUUCAUUCUAAAGAUUUAAUUCACAGAGACCUCAAGCCUCAGAAUAUAUUCCUAUCAUAUGAAGGUAAAAUAAAAAUUGGUGACUUUGGUCUCGUGACUUCUGUGACAUACAACCCUCUGACUAAGAACCGAGGAACACAGUCAUAUAUGGCACCAGAACAGUUUGGGGACAGAUAUGGAAAGGAAGUAGACAUUUAUGCGCUGGGAUUGAUUUGGUUUGAAAUUCUUUCUGCAUUGGUCAGUCAUCAUGAAAAAAACAAGGUAUGGCAGGAUGUUAGAGGAGGUGACCUUCCACUGAACUUCACCAAGCGAUUUAAAAUCCAGGUACCCAUAAUCAAAAAGAUGCUUUCAGAAGACCCCUCAAAAAGAUGCUCUGCAUCUCAAAUAAUUGAUAUUUUGAAGUCUCGUGAUAAAGACAACUCGCAUAAAGCUUACAGUCACUAAAUGCCAUUUUAGAAGGCUUUCAGACUGUGCUGUCUUGUGGCAUGUGAUUCAGACCUUUCUGAAUUGUUCAGUCAUGUUUAUAUUAAUUACAAGAUUUCUCCCUUUUAAGACCAGAGGAGUUCACGUGCUUGACUGGAAAGGCUACUUUUGGCAGAAGGAAUACUUAGAUACACACAUGGUUUAUUCUUGACUGAAUUUCACUUCUUUUAGGUGAACUUUCUUCUCACUAGGUACUCCUAGAAACACCUAGCACCUUCAGUACUCUACAAUUUAAAAAUACUUACUUUUUAAAAUCAGGUCUUCCUUAAGUAUUUAGCUUUUGGGAAAGAUAUUUGUUCUGUACUUUUGAAAGCCUCAGUUUGGUUUUUUUCUUUUGUUCUUCCUUAUAGGAACAGGUAGGGUCCUCUUAAUACAGAAAUGCUCUCCAAGUUUUCUCAAUAGCAACCAUUUAAAAACCUUUCUCAAGAGAGCACCUCAGACAUUCUCUCCUAUACAGUAAGGUUUUAAUCGCCUAUUAUGGCAUUGAGGCACAUUUCACAGAUUAUAGGUGUACCUGAACACCUCUGCUGGCCUUACUGUCAGCUCAACAUAAGGUAUGAACUGAUUGACCGUUACUCUUUGGUUAUAUACUUAAGAGAUUUCUCGUUUGACUAAAUAAGAACAACUGUGCAGGGAAGAAAAGAUGGGCAAAUUAUUCCUUCUGCCUCUCCUUUUUGAAUAGUUUGAAAAGGUGCAGCUCAUUCCUGUGGCAUCUGCUUAAUUCCAUAAAGGAAAAUGCACUAAGACUUCUAAGCAGGAAAGUAUGAUAUGCAUUAGAGAUAAGGUAGCAUAUGACUUUUCUCAAGUGUUAAACAGAUUAAAGGUGGGUGGCUAAAAUAUGAAUGAGUAUUUGCAUUUUUAUAGUCCUGUGGAAAUUGUUGCUAAAUAGCCAUCUGAUUUUAACGUUCUUUUGUAUGAAUUCAAGUUGUCCCCCCUCCCCUUAUAAUAAAUGUUAUUCUUCCAAAA